GCUCCUAGAGAAACCGCCGCGUCAAGUUCUUGUAAAAAUUGCCGACGAAACACGAAAAUAUAACUAAAAUACGUACAAUUAUAACUGAAAACUAAAUUAAUUUAAACUUUUAAACACUAAUACGAGAUUUUUAGUAAAUAAUUCUAUUUUGAGUGUUGUGUUUCGUGUAGAUUUUCGGGUUUUUAAGUUAUCAGAAUGUGGUGGAUUUUGCGGCGAGCGAGGCUGACCGGCGCGUCGCUCUUUAGUUCGGCGUCGUCUACAAACAAUAACAAUAAUACUAAAACAGAGUCACGACCACCAAGAAAGAACUACAAUCAACUUUCAUCGAAUGAAAAGCUUGAUAACAGACAAAGUGAAGACAUUCACAUAGAAGAAGCAGAUGUAGAUUCAGAUGCCAGCAGCACAGACCUCGACGAGCGAGACACGCGCAAUGUCUGCCCUCCCUGUGCGCAUGACCGAUACAACAACAACGUGCGACAUUCACAUGAUGAAUUCAGUGACGAUACAGAUUAUGACGAAGCGUUGACUUGCAACGUGUGUGACCGGUCGUUUCCCACUCGACGCCAGCUCAGCGAUCACCAGCAAAAGAAAAGGCAUUUCGGGUGCAGCUCAUGCGACAGCCUGUUCCCGUCGCUGAUGGCGCUGGAGCACCACAAGGAGGAGUUCCAGCACUGGAGCGACUCGUGCUGCUCGCGCUCCGACAGCGACGAGUCGGACGACUGCCGCGACGACGCGCACCGACUUAUAUAAUGCCGCCAUCUCAUUAUUGCCGGGGACCGACCGCAACAUUUGGGCACCUUCGUGUAGAUAUUUGGGGGGUUUUAUAGUUUGUUCUUGAUGUGACAGUGUAAAUAAUGUUCUGUAGGGAAUAGAUUGUGUUUCGAUGUACCUUGUUUAUGAUACUUUUUACAUCCGUUG